AGAAGAAAACGGAAGUGAACAGUGAUCAAGAACAAUUUCCACAUUAGCGUUUUUAUUGUUGUUAUGUAGACGUUUAUGAACACCUUGGUACUCAAAAUAUGACUAAUUUAAUUACCCAGCAUCACAUACUUACCCAAGCCUCCAUUAUGGAGGUGCUAGCGAAUACAGCCGUGGCAGACAUCUGUAAACUCGUAGACGACGACUAUGCAGUGUUUCGUUUGGAAAUAACUCAAAGCCAGAAAGAAAACAGGACAUUACGGAGGAAACUACAGCUAUUGGAACAGAAGGUGACACGGGAGCGCGUCCUCGCCAGUCGUCCCAGUAGUGUCAAGAUCCUCGACCGAUACAGAGGAAUGGCCAGAGGAAAUCUCACUGGAGGCUACAGGAGCUUUGUGAAGCCAGCAGGACACAAUACAUGGAGAGAUGACCAACCAAUCAAUGUUGAAGAGGGGAGUGGAACCUCAACCCAGCACGUUAUCGUGAUAGAGUCUGCAGAUACAGGGGUUGCAGGUCCUGGGGUCAAGCAGGAGAGAACUGAAGGAGAGGACACAAGACUCAGCAGAGACAUCCUGACUGGAUUGACUGGAGCACCCCCUGUAUCCAGGGAGGACCCCGCCGCCUCGCCUCAGCCCAGGACCCAACACAGCAUCACGGAGGUCAGUGGAACGCCGAACACCGUCCUCAAGUCAGAGACAGACACCGAGACUUUAACUGUAACACACAGGCUCUUACCCACAGGAUCUGACCACAGAUCAGACUCAGAGAGACUGGAGCUGGGGCCACUGGGCUGUCCUCCUGCUUCCAGCUCAGAGUACUUACCGGUAUUUCACCAGAGCCAGAGGACGGUUCAUUCCUGUGGAGAUGGUGACGCGUUAGACACUGGUGUUGAUGACCUGCCUUGUUCUUACGCUACAGAGAUGGACCCUGGCAACAUAUCCUUGGGUUUAGAGACACAGACUCAUCUGUUUAGAGAGGACUGGAACCAGUACAGUAGUAGUGUAUACUCUGAAGGGUGCCUAGAUAAGAAACGGGAGGUUAUAGUGGUAGACGAGGUGAAAGUGGAGGGCGACGCUCCUCCCACAUGGAAUGCAGAUAGUCACUUAGGAGACAGACACUCACAGGGUAGAGAUUUCUUAGAUUACAGAGAAAGCUUGGACACAAAUAUAAAUGUUGUCACCCACUCCCCUUUACACGCAUUCAGGGAUCGUGUCCCAGUGUCCACAUCGAUGGCACCUUCCGAUUCACACGGCUGCGUCGUUUUCGAUCAAGUGUUGAACUCAAAUGACCAAAGGGCCAUGGCUCGUGGAGGGGGAGCAACAUCCGGCAAUAGUAAAGAGAAACGGUUCCUCUGCAUGUUCUGUAACAAAGGCUUCAGCUGCCCACAGAAAGUGGAGAUCCACCAGAGGGUCCACACAGGGGAGAAACCCUACAGCUGUACCCAGUGUCAUAUGUGCUUUUCCCAGGCUUGUCACCUAAAGAGGCACCAGAGGGUCCACACAGGGGAGAAACCCUACAGCUGCCCCCAUUGUGAGAAGAGGUUCUCCCGCCAGGACCAGCUGAAGAUGCACCUGAAGGUCCACACGGGAGAGAGGCCAUUUGCAUGUACGCACUGCAGGAAGAGGUUCUCAGAGAGGAGCAACCUCAGGAUACACCAGCAGAAAAACCAUUCCACUAUGUAACAUAGGAAGUACCCAUUCCACUCUAUAGUGUCUGACGUUUAGAUCAAACCCAGCAUUGAAGACACAGAUUCAUUUUCAGUGUUAUCAGCAGAAAAGAUCCACAGAUGCAUUUAGAAUAACGAUAGUAACAGAUUUCAAUGUUGAAUAUUUGUGGGUAGAAUAUUGCAUCCAGAUAUGAUAUUGUAUGAUAUAUAAGGCAUAUAUAAGCCUAAAAAUGUAAAAUAAGUGCUUGAGGUGUUCCGGAAGACUGUUAAAAAAAAUGAAAAGAAACAGGGAGUACAUAUGUUUUGAAUUGAAAUGCAAACAGAUUCUAAGUUGGUUGAUGUCAUAAAUAUUAAGAACUAAAAGGCGAUGGAAAAGUGGAGAGGAACUGGCACGACUGUCUGAAUGAGUUGCCAGCAUCACAAAACAUUUUUGGAGAAUGAAUAUGUUAAGGUUACUUUUGUACGUAUUGGCCUAGACCAGGGCUAUGCAACUCUUACCCUACGAGGUCCAGAACCUGCUGGUUUUCUGUUCUACCUGAUAAUUAAUUGUACCCACCUGUUGUCCCAGGUCUAAAUCAGUCCAUGAGUAGAGGGGAACAAUGGAGAGAAAAAUGCAGCAGAACUGGCUUCGACUUCCAGAGUUGAGUUUGAGGGGCCUAGACUAUAUUGCAACAUAAGGAUGCAUUAAGGUGUAUUACAGAUUUAAUAUUAUUUUACUUGGGAUGAGAUGUUGAAUUCGUCUGAUGACACCAAUACUUCUCGCAAUUUUAUUGCAGACAAAUUAAAUGGGAUUUGCCCAGUUAAUUUUUUUUGUCAAUGAGAACACCUAGGAAUUUGGUAGUUUUAACAUGGGGUAGUAAAGGAAAUGUAUUAUAAAUUUUUUGGGCAAUAAAAUGCAUGAUUUAAA